GUUUCAUGGAGCACUUGAUCACUUCUAAAUUUUAUGAAGUUACCGCUAUUUUACCUUCAUGGCGCGGUCGCCGGUGUCAAAUUUAGGUGAAUUCUUAAGAAAGGAUGGUUCAGUAACGAUGGUUGGAGUGCAGCGACCAAGAAGCCCGAAAAUUACCGAUAAGAAGUUUACUUUUGCAGGCGGAAAGAAUGAAGAUUGGAACACUGUAUCAAAUGCUGUAACUGCCCUAUUUCAACGAAAGAAGUUAGCAAAAUCAGAAUUAAGCAGUCUUACGGAAAAGGUUAAAUCUGUGAAACAGGAAGUCGGCGGCUCAACGAUUUGUGAAUGGUUUAAAGAAUCACUUGUUAAAGGAAUGAUCAUUCUACGCGAAGACGUCAAAGACAAAAAUGGCGAGGUUCUGUUGGACAAGCUGGCAGAUAGUUGGACUUACUUCUUCUGUACGAUAUUGCCGUUACUUCAAGCAAUUUUCUUAGACAUACAGUCCCGUGAAGCUCAGUCUACUAGGUCUAUUGCUCUAUUAAACUUUCGCGACGUUGUAGUGUUGAAAACUAAAUUGGAAGAAGCGUUUGUUAUGGACUUGACUGUUCCGCCAAAAGUCGCACAGAUGCUGUUGAUUUUGCAGGUGAGAGACCUAUAUUUGGGCAAAUAGAAGGGAAAGUAGAAAUACCCGGUUUGUAUAAAAUUAUAAUUUGCCGUAUGCUGCUUUUCCAUAAUUAUUUGAAGACCAAUAGCCAUUGAUCAAAAUCACAAUGAUGCCCAAGGGUACAUUCAUGAACAUUACAACAACAGAAGGCAGCCAUAUCAUUAUCAAUUACUGUCAUAUCAUUAGUAAUUACUGUCAGAUCCUUUUUAACUUUAUUAUUAUGGCUACUAUAGCCAAAUUUUCUCAAGCAAACAAUGAUUGUGUUAUAAAUUGUUUGAACCAGGGGGUUACAUUUGAUUUUGAGAAGGAAUGUUGUUGGUAGUGGUGACUGAUGUUCCAACGACCUUCAUCAGAGUCAAAUGGGUACAGUAGUUGUCGUCAGUCAUGUAUUGUAAACUGAUUGAUCAGGUUAGCUGUGAUGUGAUUCAUUAGUUGAAAUAUAAUAUUAUUAAAAUAUUAAUGCUAGUAUUAAUAUUGUAUACUAAUGUAGGUUAGGCAUUGGGCAUAGUCCCAGUCAAUAGUGUGGUUCUUAAGUUCAUAAUGUUCAGCAAUGUUUUUGUUGACAUCACCAUUUCUUGUCGCAGUCAGUCUUUUUGUGAGGUUUCUGCCAGUCUCUCCAAUGUUGGAGGGUUAAUCCCUUAACUCCCAGAAGUGAUUAACUUCUGAUAUAACCUCUCCUUAUGAAAUCCAAACAUUAUUCAGCAAGAAUGUAAUGACAGUACUCAAACUUCUUGGGUAAGAGUUGUUAUCUUGAUCUAACACCAAAUGCUGGUAACCUAUUUACAGGGAAACUUGCAGAAAGUAGUGGGGAGAGUUAACAGUCAGAACUUGGGAGUUUAAGGGUUAACAGGUGGAGCACCUGAUAAUUUGUCAGCUUUUGUUUCAGUUUAGAAUAAGAAAUCUUACUUUUGAAAAGUUACAGACAUUUUAUGUGGUAAGGGGGAGGGUCUUUUACCCACAAAUUUCUGGAAAUAUUUCCAAUUUCAAAGUGUUAUUUCUUUAGCAAUAUGAAAUUAACUGACAAUGAGUAUAACUAGCACAUGCUUCUGUGCUGAUGAUAGUUUUGCCAAGUGUCCUGAUUUCCUUCAUGACAGAUAUAUCUGAUAUGAUGAUCAAACAGAAUGUCACAGGGCAAUAAGUAACAUGACUUGUGACAAUAUGCUGUUGCAGCUAAGGUAUAAAGGUUUUUAAGUUAUGCAAAGUGACAUUCAACUCAAAAUCAAUUUUAUAAAAUCUACUACUCUUGUAUCUGGGAAACAUGGGUUCAAAUCCCAUCAAAGCUUUUCUUUUUUCAAUUCUUUUUUUUAACCUCUUUUGUGAAGAUAAGCUCUUGACUUGUAUUGCAUCUGCAGGUCAAAAUAUCAUAUAUUUCAUUUAACUUUCAUCAUGUUUCUUUCAAUCACCCUGCCUCUAUUUCAAUGAUGCCCAAUUUUCUACCAACAUUGACAAGGGGGAAUUUUUUCAAGAAUUUUGAAAAAGGUUGUAGCUUAUAAAUGUAACAUUUUUUGGAUAUAUUUUUCAUUCCAUAACGAUAAGUCUAUUUGUCUACUAGGGUGUUCAUGAUGACCAAACUAGCAGAAACUACAGAAAACUUGAACAUCUCAUUUCGUUUGUUGUGUCACCUUACUUAAGUUCUACAGGCUUGAGAACCAAACCUGUGAAACCAUCUUUGGACUCCAAAAAAAGUGAAAGUGAAGAACUGAAUAAUAAGUCAGAGACUACAUCACAUUCGGAGAAGAAACCACGUCCAUUUAGUGUGGGAUCUUUGGAACUUCAGUCCAAGUACUCAGCUGACAGACUUCAUGAGACCUCUCUGCAAUCAGGACCAAACAGACGUUUCACUUUUGCUACUGAAUCUUUGAAUGAUUCAUCGCAUAAUUCUGUAUUCAGUUCCAGCACAUCCACUCUUACAUAAUAGUCAAACAUGAGUUAAACCCUCAUCGUAAGUGCUUCAGCUUGAGCAAUUCCUUGACUGCAAGAUAGUGUAAGGCAACCCCUGAUAGAGAUCUGCAGGGGGUAGCACUGAUAAUGAUUGCCAGACCCCAGACUAACCUCUCUCCCUACUCCCAACUUGUCUCAAAUCCUCCCAUGAGCAGGGAAAUGCACAUCCUGGAGCAUUAAUAAAAAGGACCAGCUCAAAGGCUAAGUGCUACUAACAGUAGGCCCAUUACUUUGGUUAGUCAUUCUGAGGAGUAAAGUUCAAAGUUGUGACGACCAACUUCGUGUCAUAGGUUUAUCCUGGUGUACACCACCUCAGGUUAAUGAGGAUAGAGAAGUUUGAAGUGUAAUUUGCACAGAGCUAGGUGCCUCAGAAGGCUAGAAUUCAAUGUGGGGUUUGUUUUCCCAGUUGUGUAGUGAGAAUCAUUAUUUCCUACAGAAUAUGAAGAAAGUUAUUUUCAAAAAUUGUGCUGAAAAGUGCAAGAGAUGAUUAUAUUUUUUUUGAAUUUCUCAGUCAGUGUCAUAUUUUAUGGGGAUCCUGCAUUUCCUUGGCUUUACCUGACUGAUUUUGAUAAUAUUUAAACUAUUUAUUUUAGUAAUUAUCAAAUUUAAGGUGUUUCUGUUCUCUGGAAUUUUCCAUUCUCCAUUUCAAUUAUCUUUGAAUAAAUUUUUUACCCAAACAUUUUACUUACCUGUGAACCCUGUUUGCAGUUUUUCUCAGGAAUGUCGCAAAUUACAAGUCAAGAAACUAAAAACAGUGGUAAUUUCUGGGAACAAGCAAGGUGUACAAUUAGAAAAAAAAGGAAUAUUGCAAUAGAAUAGAAAUCUUGCAAUGAAAAUAAAACUUUUAAGUAACUACUUGUUAAGAGGUUGGAAAAUUUGUCAUUCUUCAAUUAACUCUACAUGUUACAUUUUGUCAACUAUAGAAUGGUAAAAGAUACAUGAUAGCCAUUAGGGUUACACUUGGUAAGCAGAGGUUUCAAUAACAGCUUUAAUUGAAACCUGUGGUCUACAGCUGCCUAUAAAACCUAUUAGGAUGUCUGUUUAGCCCUUUAUCUCCCAGAAGUGAUUCACUUGUAACUUUUCCCUAUGAUAUCCAUACAUCAUCUUGCAAACAGGUUGUGAGAAAACUCAAACUUAUUAGGUUUAAGUUGUUACCUUGAUUGUACCCCAAAUUCUUGUGACCAAUUUACAAGGAAAUGUGCAAUAGCUAGAGGGGAGAAUUAACAUCAUCUUGCAAACAGGUUGUGAGAAAACUCAAACUUAUUAAGUUUAAGUUGUUACCUUGAUUGUACCCCAAAUUCUUGUGACUGAUUUACAAGGAAAUGUGCAGUAGCUAGAGGGGAGAAU